CGGCGGCGCUGCCCGGCGGAGCACCAUGCUGGAGUCCAUCCGUGUCACCGAAAAACUUCACUGGCCUAAGACAGAGCUUUCUAAGAAAUCAGUCCUGAGUCCAGAAGAACAUAAGCUGAACAUUAAUAAUGAAAACAGCCUCCAGCACCCACCUUCUGGGAUCCUUAAGGACAUUUUCACAACAGGAACCAGUAGCUACAAUGUCCUUCUGCAGAGCAAAGAGGAGAAAAGAUACCACGCUCAAAAGCAGUCAUCAGCUCUCCACAAAAAACACAAAAAAACUACAAAGUGUUCUGCCACCUUGCGAAGCAAUGAGCACCGCAAAAUCAAAGUCCCGCUACCCUUUCUCAGCAGUGGAUGGUACUGCACAAACAGACAGCCCUCCAUCAUUGUCACUGGCCCAGUGCCUACCAGCAUGAAGUUUACAAACAGUAUUUCAGUUGCAGGGAGCAGCAUAGGACUGCCAUCACGACCCAGAAGUAGAACUAAGAGGCAUUUUAAUCUAACAAAGCCAAAGCAAUCCCAGUCCUCAAAAAGCCAUGGAAAAGAAGGUGAUAUCUCUGGCCGAAAACUCUGUUUACUGACUGCAAUCAAGCCUUCCAAUGUGGAAAAAGAGAAGAUGAAAUUCUUCAAGUCAGAUUUCACAUACAAUCCUCAAUUUGAAUAUGCAAACCCUGCUCUGCCAAAUGUGUUAGCGAAGCACAGCCAUGCAUCUGACAGAUUUCUUAAGCAGUCCAUUAACAUUAUGGAGCGGACAUUGCAGAAAUAUGGAAGCUAUGAAAAAUUUGAACAGGCCACUGGAGGCAGCUUGCUGACCAAAAGUCGCAUCUGGAAUCAUGUCAGGAAAUAUAUGGUGAAAGAAGGCUGUCUUGGUGAGAUUGUGGUCCAUCUCACGGAGGACCUGCUAUCUCGAGCCUCAAUGACAGUGGUGAAUGGCCGCCCCACUCUCACUAUCAAUAUCUCCACUGCGCGAGAGCACUGGCUGGAAGGGAUGCUGAGACAUGAAAUUGGAACUCAUUAUUUUCGGGGUUUUAACAACAACAGCCAGCCUUGGUGUAACUGGAACGGACGUAGAAAACAUGGGUUAAAACCAAUCAACCCUACAGAAGAGGGCCUAGCGAGCAUUCACAGUGUCCUGUUCCGCAAAGACCCUUUUCUUUGGAGAGCUGCCCUGCUCUACUACACAGUGUAUCAGGCUAGCCAAAUGUCCUUCAGUCAGCUUUUCCAGGACGUGGGGAAAUUUGUCAAGGACCCCAAUACUAGGUGGGAUUACUGCGUACGAGCCAAGAGAGGGUGGACUGACACAUCACAACCAGGCUGUUUCAAUAAGGAUCAGGUGUACUUGGAUGGCAUCCUCCGAAUCCUGAGAUACAGGGAGUCCAUUGAUUUCCAUCUUCUGACAGCCCUUGGAAAGAUCUCGUAUGAGGAUGUGGACCGCCUGAAAGGAUUAGCUGUGAUUGAGAACAUGAGAGUACCACACUUUUUGCAAGACCAUGCCCGGUAUAUGGAGCACUUGGAAAAGAUCAUGGAAGUCAAUGAGCUGACUGAUGAGGAGCUCCAGGAUCUCAUAAAUUAACAGUAUUAGCCCACCAUUCACUUACUCUGUGAGGAUGUAGAACUGGACUUCCCAGAGCUUGCAAAAAUGGACUUAUGAGGGGUGGAGCAGGAGGGAAGGGUGGCCAGAAAACGUGGAAUUCAGAAAAAGACCCUUCAUGUUCUUUUUGCAUUGUGAUUGUAUACGGAUUUUUUUUUAAAGGGUUUGUGCAUUUUUAAAAAUUUGGCUUAGGAAUUCCUUUGCAGUGAUCUGUCCAAUCAUCUACUCCAUUUUGUAUGCUAGGUAUAGUGCUUGACACUGUCUUUUGCAAUAUAUUGCCUUUUCCCACCCAGGUUUAGAGGUGGAGAAAAGAAAGAGGAGAAAUUCCCCCUUAGUUCACUUGUGUUUGCCCUGUCUCUGGUCAUAGCUUUCAUGGUUCAUAGCAACAGAACUGCUGUAGAUUAUGCUAUGUCGCUGUCUGUGUAACUGUUUCCCAUUUGGUCAUCAUUGCAAUGAAAAAAGAAAGUUUAAAAACAUAGUGCACAGAAGCAGGUCUUUGUGCCAUAGAAUCAAAGCUCUGUAAUGCUAUAAAAAGUUUUGGGUUUUUUUACUGGGAGACUUAGCAUAAAAAAAAAAAGAAGAUAGGCAUUACUGUUUUAAUGAUCGUAAGCAGGUAGCAAAGUUAUCCCCCUUUAUCGCCUCAAAAAGUUACACUGUUCCACAUCUUUAUCUGUAUAGUACAUGUUUCAGGAAGCUGAAUUCUGGAAAGGGUCUCCCUCCUUUGAGGACAAGCAUAGCAUGUCUAGGAAGUUCAACAUGGCAGUGUUUUGGAAGAAGGAUCGGGCAGAACUGUGAUUUCAUGACUUACGUGUUUUAAAUAAUUCAGGAACACAGGGACAUGAUUCAGCACAGCAGGCAACACCCACUUCUUCUCUGGGUCACCUGAGCCUACAGAGGGUCAAGUCAACUUUUUGAGCAGUACCUCCAAGCUACAGCAAGCUUGAGCUUGCAGAGCUCGUUGAAGAAACAAGAUGUGAAUGGGGGGAAAAGAAGACUCACAAGUGCCCUAUUCCUGUGUUCCAAGAGAAGUGCUGCACCACUCUGAAGCAACCUUACCUCUGUUUUAACUGCCGGUGCUAUAUCCAGAACCAAGAAGAGGAAGCACCUUACUGUGAGGCACGGCUAGUCACAUGAUGAAUAGCUUAGAUGACGCAGGAGGACUUACUACAUAAACUACAUUUGCUGAUUCCAGAGUAUUAUGGAAUUACCGAGGCAAAUUGAGUUUUGUACCUGUGAGUAUUCUGACAAAGGGUUUUGUUUUAGUAGACAGCAUUUUACCAGGGCUUCUCUGAACUCCCAGGAAGCAGCUAUGGUAGGAGAGCCUUGGACAGGGCUUCUGCCAUUUCUUCCCCUUCUGCCUUGGCCCACUGGUAACAGGCCUGGCAUUGGUUAAGGCGAGUAGACGGAGCCAAGGUUUCCUCCACACCACAUCUGCAUGGACCUGAGCCCUGGUAUCCCUGCCUCCCCGCUUAUCCUGUUCUUUAAUGAAACGGAUGGAAUAACCCUCCCACCUUAUUUUACACCCAGGACAUUACCAGCCAUGACAGCAAAGCCUUGAGAACACAUUUUCUGAUCCAUAGGAAAAUCUGUGAGGAAAAGCUCUCAGUUGGCUAAGAGGUCUGAAGGUUUUUGAAUAAUCCCAUAAAAGCAGCUGCCUUUUAGAUAGUAUUGCAGGUACGUUUGCAGCGGCUGGCUGGCUGACCGCUUCAAAAAAGAAAAUGUGCUCAACAAGCAUAAAUUUACUAAAUUUGGUUGUUUUCAAGGCAGGGACCAAGAACUGCUCGCAGUAGCCUUAAUUUUGUAUUGUCAGUAUUGUUCACAAGCUGAAAGCCUUUCAGCUUCUGUAUGCUGAAAUAAAAGCCCUUUUUCUCUCCUUCCCCCCUUCAGGCUGUCUAGUUUGAUCACUGACGACUUCGCCUGCCCAUCUUUGUUUUAGAGCUGUGCCGAGUAGACACGGUGUUGCAGCAGCCUGACAGGAACCAUUUGCAGUCAUGCACCCAUGUGGUUCAGGUUUUGGCUCCUUUGCCAGAAGCAGCAAGAAAGCCACACACAGCUGAGGUCGAGUCAAAGAUUGCAGUCAAAAGCUGUCUUUGGAGUAAAUCAGGCAGAGAUCGUUUGAGCUACACCAUGGGAGAAUCUGGCUCACUUUGCUGGCCCAGGGGUAUGCAAAAGGGCCAGUCCUUUAUGAAAGGGACAAUUUUGAACUGAUUUUUUUCUUACAGGACAGAUCCUUGCCUUCCUCCAGUGACUUCUACAUAAGCAAAGUGCUUUUCCUCCUCCCCCAGGAGUAAUGUCUUAUAAUCUAAGUGUAUGUACAUAAUGUGUCCUUGAAACCAGGAGGCUGUGCUAGUCACCCUGCUUUGCCACAAAAUACCAUGCCUACAGCCCUUCGUCCAACAGCCAGUUGACUCUUACAACUCUGUAGCCCUAAAUGCUACUACAGGCCUUUUUGCUUUACUCAAAGACCUGCAUCACAUUUUCUUCAAAGCAGAAGGUGCCACUAAACUUCUGUUACUCUAGAAGUAGAUUUGCCUUGUGCAAGGUUGGAGUCUAGAAGUGGUCAGUAUCAAAGUAAUACUGUAGCAAUAGAUGAAGCUGUCAGCUGCUGUUUUCAGCAUCAGAUUUAUCCUUCCUCCUUUGUAAAAGUGUUUCAAAUUUUGAAGUGUAGCUUUUGUAAAUUUUCCUGAAUUUUUUUUUUCCACUGUGAAGAGGCUGGUUACUAAGUCAUGAUACUGAAGUUCUGUAAUAAAGUGUAUGGACAGCAGUGCACGUGACCUCAUGUCACUACACAGUUUCAUGAUGUCAAUGAUGAGAUGACAGCCUUUCCUAGCAGUCUGGCUCAGUUGAUUUGCUGUGUAUCCACAUCUCGCUACUUCUACGUUAUUCCUAUACAGAAACCUGGUCAACAUUGGAAAAGCCUCCCCGUUUCACCAGACCAAUUUUAAAAGGCAUUUUAUACAACUUCUACAAAUAAAGAUAAA